AUGGCAAGAACACGGACGGUGCAAACCUGCGAGGCGUGUCGAAAGGCGAAAGUUCGCUGUGACAGAGCAAAACCACAGUGUUCGCGCUGCCUUAAGGCGAACCGCGAUUGUUCAUAUCUAGCAGAAGAUGCUACUUCAUCCCUUGAAUCCUCAUCCACGUCGUACACUGCAUUAUCUGAUCCCGCUAGCCCCGAUCAGAUUGAUGCAUGGCUGGCGGACCUGAACGGAGCCACAUCUACUGCAGGCUCGGAAGCGAGUGAGACCCUUGGAUCCAUCGGAGCUUCGAAUUCAAAUGAAAAUACACCCCCGUCUACGGCCCUAGCUUGCACAAAGCUACACUCUCUCACAGAGGCUGGGCCACAACACUGGGUAUCGCGCAGAAGAAAGCGAAAUACGAUAACCUGUGUUCGCUGCCGUCGUAUGAAGAUGGAGAGGCUCUACUCGCCGUCAUGUUCCCGGAAUAAGAGGCUUAUUCCUGACGAUGAAAAUGAUUUCCCAGAAAGUACAUGGUCGCCAAAUUACCCAUUUGGCGAAAGACCACGUCGUUCCAAGUCUACGAGGAAGGCGAUGUUAGCCUCGAUUCCCAGCAGGGAGGUCGCCGACAAGUUUGUUGAAGCUUACCUUGAUGUUAUUGAAACAUCUCACCGCAUUCUCCACGUUCCAACCUUGAAGCUCCAGAUUCAAGCGUUCUGGUGCCAACCUAGUGCAGCUGAUGACGGCUGGCUCGCCCAAUACUUCACAAUUCUUGCCCUUGGAUGCGACGCAUGUAGAGCUGAGGCGUCUGAUGCUACGGAGCCUUACACCAAGCUACGGCAUACACUACUGACCGCUGCAGAAACCUGUCUGAGGCUCACCCCAUUCCUAUACCGACCUACAUUAGCUAACCUCAGAACCUUAUGUCUGAUGGUCAUCGCGAAACAGAUACAUACCAUGUCAUGCUCUGAACAUGAGGCCUGCUGGCCACUCACUGGUCUCAUAGUUCGCCUAGCAAUGAUGGUAGGCAUGCACUCUAGCAGUAGCAACAAGGUCUAUUCACCCUUUCAUGCAGAGAUGAGAAAUCGUCUAUGGGCCGUGAUAUGUUUCAUGGACCUCAAGCAAUCGCUGCUCUCCGGGAUGCCACUCCAGAUCACAACCGAAACCUUUACAUGUUUUGCACCGGCUAAUAUAAAUGAAGAUGAAAUACAUGAGUCUUUCAACGGUGAAAUACUGAGCCGGCUGCUUCCGGAGAGGACGGAUUCCACUGUCCUGGUCGUUUUACAUGAUGUAUUCCCUCUCGUUGCUGAUAUAAUGAGGAUGGUGAACUCGGCGGAUGGGUCUCUUCAAUACGAAGACGUCUUGGAAUAUGAUAGCCAGAUUCGGUUUAAGAUGAAAGAAUAUGAAGUCAUCUUCCAAGCAUCUCCAAAAUGCCUUACCGAAUCUGCCGAGUUAUCGUCAGGCUUAGGGAACAGCAGCAUUGACCCUGCAAGGAUCCUUUUAAACGUCUACUUCCGCCGAAUACUACUCACCCUCCAUAGCUAUUUUGCGAAGUUGCCUCAGGCAUUUAUCGAAUACCCGGUGGCUUACUGGUCAUCUCUGGAGUGUUCUCUAGCACUCCUUGCACAGCAGAGAGAACUAUGCGAACAAGCAGCGCAUAACCGUGGCAUUUCGACAUGGUUUUCAAGACUCUUCAAGCAGGAUUUCUUCACGGCUGCAAUGACUCUAUGCUUCCACCUCAUAAAGGAUGACUCGCCUCUCGAAUUACCCGCAGAGCAUCUCUGUCAAAUUCAAGCCAGGGAAACCGUUCUCGAAACAUUAAGAAGCUGUAGGGAUCUCUGGGGAAAAGACAAGGAUUUGUCGAACUGUCACGACCGAGCUUGCCAGCUUGUAACUGAUUUAGUACAUCAUUUUGAAGAAACGAUUUAA